UGAGUUGAACAUAACCUAAUAAUUUUCCAUCUGAACUUUCACUUUUUCCAUCGGGAACAGCGUGGCACGUCGAUGAAAUUAUAUACGACAUUAAGUCAUCUAGUUGACAUUAAACUCUUUACGCAUAGUACUCUGCGUAUAAACUGCUUUUCUGCUGCAUAUUAUUCUCAAAAACCCUUGUGGGGCAAAAACAAACCUCAUAGAAAAGUCAAAUUAAAUUUGUAUUUCGACAGUAUGGCAGACCCAGCUGCUGAAAAACUUUUAGCUCCAUUAAGGGCCAGUGUUAAGGCACAAGGUGAUUUUGUUCGGAAACUUAAAUCAGAAGGGGCACCCGCACUGGACAUAAAAGCUGCAGUUGCAGAAUUAUUGUCGCGAAAAAAGCUUCUUGAGGAGACAGAAUUAAAACUCGCACCUAAUGCUACAUUUGAUCGAGCCAGAAUGGAAGAUUUAUUAAAGAGGCGCUUCUUUUAUGAUCAAUCAUUUGCCAUAUAUGGGGGCAUAACGGGCCAGUUCGAUUUCGGGCCGAUGGGAUGUGCAUUCAAAGCCAACUUAUUACAUGCAUGGAGACAGUUUUUUGUUUUGGAAGAACAGAUGUUGGAAGUGGACUGUUCAAUAUUGACCCCAGAACCUGUUUUGAAAGCAUCAGGUCAUGUUGAUAGAUUUGCAGAUUUGAUGGUAAAGGAUGUUAAGACUGGUGAAUGCUUUCGGUUGGAUCAUUUGAUUAAGGCUCAUUUGGAAAAAAUUGCUGCUGAUAAGAAGACAUCUGAGGCAACCAAGGCAGAAUGUCAAGAUAUUUGUAUAAAGUUGGAUGGUAUGACAAAAGUAGAAAUGGCUCACAUUAUGAAAAAAUUUGACAUGAAAAGCCCUCUGAAUGGAAAUGAUUUAACAGAACCAAUUGAAUUUAAUUUAAUGUUUGGAACUCAAAUUGGACCAUCAGGCUUGGUAAAAGGAUUUCUACGACCGGAGACUGCUCAAGGAAUCUUUGUCAACUUCAAACGGUUGUUAGAAUUUAAUCAAGGAAAAUUACCAUUUGCAGCAGCCCAAAUAGGGAAUGCUUUUCGUAAUGAAAUAUCACCUAGAUCGGGACUUAUUCGCGUAAGAGAGUUCACAAUGGCUGAAAUUGAACACUUUUGUGAUCCAAAUGAUAAGGCUCAUCCCAAAUUUGAAAACGUAAAAAAUUCGGAAUUGUUAUUGUAUUCCGCGUGUAGCCAAAUGGAUGGGAAACCUGCGGAAAAAAUAAGCAUUGGUAAAGCUGUGUCCACGGACCUUGUAGCUAAUGAGACCCUGGGUUAUUUCAUGGCAAGAAUACAGCAGUUUCUGGUGAGAUGUGGAGUUGAUCCUGCUCGAUUAAGGUUCCGUCAGCAUAUGUCCAACGAAAUGGCUCACUAUGCUUGUGAUUGUUGGGACGCAGAAUGCUUGACUAGUUAUGGUUGGGUGGAAUGUGUGGGUUGUGCGGAUCGAUCCGCUUUCGAUCUAACUCAGCAUACCCAGGCGACUGGCGUUAGAUUGGCUGCUGAAAAGAAGCUCUCAGAACCCAUAGUGAAAGAUGUGGUUGAGGCAGUGCCCAACAGAGCAGUGAUGGGAAAGAUUUUUAAACGGGAUAUGAAAAUUAUUACUGAGGCAUUGCAAAUGUUGAAUAUCAAUGAAAUUGAAACUUUGGAGAAUGAUCUGCAAUCGAAGGGAGAAUAUCCUCUUAGAAUAGGUGACCAACAGUUUCUCUUAACAAGGGAUCAUGUUGCGGUGAAAAGAUAUAAAGCAACUGAAUUUGUAGAAGAAAUCAUUCCGAGCGUAAUUGAACCAUCUUUUGGUAUCGGUCGUAUAAUGUACUCAAUUUUUGAGCACAACUUCAAACAAAGAGAGAAUGAUGAGCAAAGGACUUACCUUUCGUUACCUGCCAUCAUCGCGCCAUUAAAAUGUAGUGUUUUACCGUUGAGUUCUAACCCCGAGUUUGUACCUUUCAUUAAGUCCUUGUCUGCAGAAUUGACCAAAGUAGAUGUGUCCCAUAAAGUGGACGAUAGUUCCGGAUCCAUAGGUCGAAGAUACGCGAGAACUGAUGAAAUUGCGAUCCCAUAUGGCAUUACCAUCGAUUUUGAUACUUUGAAGGAGCCCCACAGUGUUACCCUAAGAGAAAGAGAUUCCAUGGUGCAAGUUAGACUGCCUCUGCAAGACGUCGCCAAGGUGGUGCAUAAUUUGUCCUACAAUAAGGAAGUCUGGAGUGAUAUUGAAAGUAGAUAUCCAAAAUUUGAACAGCAAGAAAACACGGCAUGAGUUUAAGUUUGCCUUUAUUUUAAGAUCAGACUUUUUAGGCCGGCAUUUUACUUUUAUAGUUACUAAAUUAAAUUAUUUACACAAAUAUGAAUGGAAUUUGUUUAAUACAAUGUAUUUUAAUUUUCCUGCUAUAGGUGGUAUCGCAUUGUAUUAGCAUAUUUUACAUGUGACCCUUGACCACACUUUUCCUGUGAGCGAGGCAUAUUCAAAUUGGGUUAGAUUCCUGGUUUUUUAAAUUUUGUAUCUAGAAGGCCGCGAUUGGCACAGAAAUGAUGUGUCGAAAAAAAAAAGUUUCUAUCCAUUCUCGGUUCUCGCCUUUUGGUUUUCCCGGAAUAGCUUUGUAAACCUUUGCGAUUUACCUCCUUUUUUUCGCAAUUUUCUAUUGUUUUUUGGACAUUGCUAUGAAACACGUGUCCGAAAUUUGAAGCAAUCGACUUCAUAUUCACCACAUAUAUACGCAGCUUAGCCCCGUGACUAGGGAUAUUCCGAUACUAGUAAAUACGAGUAGAUACUCGAUACCAAGUAUUUAUAGCAUCGAAUCAAUCUUGCGAUAUUUACUCAGUAUCGAAACAAAAGUACUUGGUAUCAAAUCGAAUCAGCCUCACCAUUAUAAAAAAAAACCGAUCGCAUCAGACAAACAUAAUCUCUAUCUGAUCUGUGGUGACGCGUUGUCUCGCGCCAGCCAAGUCGAACUCGUCCGACUUCACUCGACCGAGCCCGAGUCAAACGCGAGAAAGACGUCCGCCCUUCAUUUUUUUUCAUUGUCAACCAACAUAAAUUUUCAAACAUACAAGAGAUUGCUUACGAAUAAUUUUAUUUAUUGUAAUCAUCGGCUUAUUACGCCAAUGUUAUCGUGGAGU